AUGUCUCUUCCAAAUACUCGAAGAAAACUUCCCAAUAUUGUCAUAACUGGUACACCGGGAUGUGGAAAGACCUCGCAUGCUGAACAACUUGUUCAACAAUGUCCGGAGCUUACUCAUAUCAAUGUGAGCGAAUUCGCAAAGAAGAAUAACUGCAUAGAAGGAUGGGAUUCAGAAAGAGAUACUAGCAUCGUUGCAGAGGACAAACUUCUGGACCUUUUAGAGCCUUUGGCAGAUAAAGGAGGUCUGGUAUUGGACUGGCAUUGCUGUGAUUUAUACCCAGAAAGAUGGGUAGAUCUAGUGGUGGUAUUGAGGUGUGAUAAUACAGUGCUAUACGAUAGACUCAAAAAGCGAGGCUAUAAAGAGAGUAAGGUGCAGGAGAACGUUGAAUGUGAAAUUAUGCAAGUUCUUUUGUCUGAUGCCAAGGAGAACUACGAUUCUCAAAUUGUCAUAGAGCUACAAAGUGAACAGGUGGAUACCUUGGAUGAUAAUGUUGACCGAAUAACCCAGUGGUUUACUAAGUGGAAGCAAGAUCAUUCGCAAGGAGUUUCCAACAAGUUACCAUCAUAA